AUGCCAGCGUUAGAAGCGCACAAACUCGGAGAAGUGAGACCCUCCGAUCACACACACAGCACGGCGUUUGCUUGCUGUGUUCCCGGCUCCGGUGUGCGCUGCGAGCCCGCUGCAUUCCGAGGGGCAGCGAGGCCCGGCCACAAGAUGGCGGCCGCCGCUGAGGGGGGCGCGCGGCUGCCCGGGGAGGCGCCGGGGGAGCGGAGCGGCGGCAGCAUGGAGCGCCGGGGGAGUGGCGGCGGCGACGACAUCGACACGGACAGCGAUGAGACUGUCGUGGAGGGAUCUGUGACGGAGAGUGAUGUGGAGGAAGAGGAGUUCCGUAGGAGGAGGUUGGCCUUUCUUAACAAGGACAUUGCUUUAACAACUGAGAUAAGUUUUAAUGAAGGAGCUUUUUCUCCAGAAAUCUGUUUUAUACAGAAAUUUGGUGACCGCACACGUUGUCCCAAGGCAGAACAGAUAAAUCCAGCACUUCAAUCUGACACAUCUGACCAGUCUCAGUCCCUACUGAAGGGUUGGAUAAACCACUCAUCACCUACUGAAAAUAUUUCUAAGCCUGGUUUUUCAUUAAAUUCUGCAGCAGAAGAAAAACAAAAUAAUUCUGUAGGUAUCAAAUUGAAUGGAUUUCAGAAGGAUUCAGAAGAGAAGCCUGUGGGUGGUCAGCAGAGAGAGAAAGAAGAAAUUUCAGAUUACUUGGAUGCCACCUUUAGUGAAAAGCAAACUGGUGGGGGACAUUUAUAUUCAGUGGAGCCUGCAGCAUGUGCAGAAACAGACCAAACAACAUCAAGUAAAAUUCAGAAAUCUACUUCUGAAGAUAAUCAGGAUCUAGAAACUAUCAUGUGGCAACAAAUAAUUCUGAAUGAGUGUGCAGAAGCUAAUCAGAGGAGAAGGAGCAAGAGAAUUGACAACAAACGGAGACGAGAAGCCUUUGGUAGGAAUUCUGUAAAUCCAACUCGCCCCCUUUCACUUUCAACAAUCCACAGGAGGAAUAUGUAUGGUGAGAACUUACUGCAUAGAGCUGUUAUUCACCAAGACAUAAACCUUGUACGUAGGAUAAUAAAAGCCGGUGGAAAUGUAAACGCUCAGGAUUAUGCUGGCUUGACUGCAUUACAUAUAGCAAGUGUGGAAGGCUUUUAUAGGAUAGCAAAUCUGCUUUUGAAAGCAGGAGCUGAUGUUAAUGCUACACAAAAGGAACAAAUAACACCCUUGCAAGAUGCAGUUAAAGGAGGCCAUUACGAGAUGGCGAACUUACUACUUUGGUAUGGAGCUGAUCCCUUACUAAAAAAUCAGAUGGGAAGGUGUGCAUUAGAAGAAGCUUCUGACCCAUCUAUGAUGAAACUUCUUAAAAAUUAUGUAGCAAAAUCCAGAAGAUACUCAGUAGCAGGUGGAGAUGAUUCAAAGAACAUGUUAAAUACACAGUGCGUAGAAGAUACAAACAAGCACCAGACAAAGGAGUCAGAACCAGCAUGUGCAAAUCCUCAGAAGACAAGCCAAAAAGCAAAGGCAGCCUCAUAUUCCAGUAGAAGCAACAAAAAGCUUUCAUCUAAUCAAUCACAAUUGAGUCUAGCAUCAAAACAGCAAACAUCUAAGAAGUCAGAAUCUACCAGGCAAGAAGCUGCAAUUGUACGUGGUACCUGUAAGUCAAGACCUGGGAGAAAGACGAAGAUCAGGAGAAAUGCAAAAGGGGAAACUCAGCUGCACAUUGCUGCUAAGAGAGGAGAUUUGUCUUUGGUGAAGACUCUAAUAUCAUCUGGAGUUUCUGUCAAUGAACAGGACUAUGCAGGUUGGACAGCAAUUCAUGAAGCCUCCAGUGGAGGAUUUACUGAGGUGAUCUUAGAAUUACUGAAAGCAGGUGCUGAUGUUAACAGCAGAAGUCUCUGUGGUGUUUUACCAAUACACGAUGCUGUUUCUGGCAAUUAUUUGGAGGCAGCCAGGAUUCUGCUGCAGCAUGGAGCAAAUCCCAAUGAGAGGGAUGGUUCAGGAGAAAGUGCUUUGGAUCAAGCUUGUGAUGAAGAAAUGAAAGAACUUCUGAAGUCAUAUGAUGCUAUGGACUCUGUACUUCCUGUUCAAACUGUUGAAGUUACUGAGGAGAAAUCAAAACGUCGUUGUUAUGACUGCCAUAAAAAUGAUGAUGCAGCUUUGGAGACACAACAUGAGAAAUACAGUGUGGCGUCUGUUGCUGCUGUACAGGAUACAGAAAAGAAGCAGAAAGAACUGUUGCUAUUUGAGUUGAAAACUUCCAAAGAUGCAGAUGUGUAUAUCCAAAGGCUGUCUCAGAUACAAGAUACUUUGAAUGAAAUACUUGCAAACCAGAAAACAGAGAGGGAUACCAUUGCUAUAAAAUACAGGGCUUCAGUGGAAUCAUUUAAAAGAGGUGCACUAAGGAAACAAUUAGUUAACCUUGCUUCUAGACAAAAGAGCUUGUUGACUAUUGCCCAAAACCAGGAGAAAUUAGUGCAGAAAAUACAAAAUUACAGGAAAACAAAGCAAAUGUUCAAUUCGUCAUCAGAGAAGCAAAUCUCAAACUUAGUUAUUUUUCAUGGAAGUGAUGAAAGACAAAGUUUAACUGCUAAUGAAAUCACGUGUCCUAAUGCAGUAACGUUGAGUAUGGGGCUUGGUGCCAUCGGGCCUAGUGGAAGCAAAGUAGGAGCACAGGUCUCUUUAGAAGAUAGAUUUUCAGCUCAGGAAUGCAUCCAGCAUCCACACAUCUGCUUGGAUGAGACAGCAGCAAAUAAAGAAGCAAUUACAAGCAAAGAGGCUUCUGAUCAUGCUUUGGCAUCUGAAAACAGGGGAAGAGAAUGUCCCUCUGACAACAUGUCAAAGCUGAUAAAUGCUGCAGAAGUGAUGACAUUGCCUUCAGAACCUAUUUCCACUGCCAAAACGAAGUGCUCACAGCAAAAAUACAUUGAUUGUGUAGCAAUUGCAGGACAAAGAAACAAGUCUUUAAAUCCCACUUCAAUGAUGAGCACAUUAAAUAUUGUAGAACCCCGAAGCACUGUUGUCAGUAAGAAUGUCUAUCAGACAACCAGUUACUGCAAGCAGGUUCUUUCACAUGAGGAUCGGAACAGAUAUGGGAAUAAGAAAGAAGCUUUCCAGCAGCAGCCACAGCAAGCAAUUUUGUUAGCAUCUACAAAUAACUUCUCUAAUACCUUGAAACAAAGGGUCCUUCAGAGUAGUGAAGAUUCAUUUAAUGCCAACCCGAUGCUUACUAAUCUUACCUCAAGUACAGACUCUCCAGCAAAUAUCAGUGAGAAAUCUUCACAGAGUUACGGUAAUCAGGAAUGGGGACAAAAACAAAUGAGAUAUGGAUGGAAGAGUAAGAAAAAGCAUCAGCUGAUAGAUCUGCUUGAAUUGGGAUGGAUAAAGCCCGGAGAAAAUGUUUUAGAAUUCAAACUGCAGGAAUUUAGUCAUAAAGCUACACUCUUAAAGAAUGGCAAGAUCAGAACCAGUAAAGGACAAAUACUACAGAAUCCAGUUCAGUGGGUUAAAGAUAUACUAGGAAGUGAUAUUUCUGUGACAUGGAAGUAUGUGUGGAAUAAGGUCACGUAUCUUGGAACGGAAUUGUCAAAAUUCGGUGUCGGUGAAGUGUCAGUUUCCAGUGACCUAGAGUUACCAUCACAGACAGGAAACCCUUUGGGCUCUUCUGUCCAGUUCAACUCAGUGGAAAGCCUGACACAUUUUCUUCAAUUCCGUGAGAUAAUAAUGGCACAUAGAGAGGAGUUUCUACCAUGCUCUGCAAUGGAAAAGCACUGGAAUUUCUACAAAGAAUGUAAAGAUUUUGGAUUCUAAAGACUUCUUGAGUGCUAAUACUUUUUCUUUGCCAUCACUUAAAAGUAAACAUUUGAGCUUUUAGA